AUGUUGACUCCUCUCAAGAUCGAAAAGCCGAAGACAGCAGGAGGCUUCACGCUCUCCCUUGGCAAUGGUACAAAGAUCGAGAUCAAGCCAAAGGUCGAGACAAAGCCAGUCGUUUUAACAACAUCAAAACCAGCCGAAAAUAAACCACAAGAAGAACCAAAACCAGCUCCAAAACCAGAGCCAAAGCCAGAACCCAAGCCUGAGCCAAAGCCUGCUCCAAAACCAGAGCCGAAGCCAGAGCCAAAACCAGAGCCCAAGCCAGAACCAAAGCCAGAGCCAAAAGCUGAGCCAAAGCCAGAACCAAAGAAGGAAGAAGCAGAAGAGGAAGAAGAUAUCGAAGAAGAAGAAAAAUUCGAAGGUGAAAUUUUAGAUGAAACAGCAAAGAAGCACUUCAACAUUGUUUUCAUCGGCCACGUCGAUGCCGGUAAGUCUACACUUUGCGGUCACGUUCUUUACCAAGCAGGAUGCGUUGACCAGAGAACAAUUGAGCAAUAUCAAGCCGAAUCUGCCAAGGAAGGCCGUGGCAGCUGGUACUUUUCCUGGGUUAUGGAUCUUUCCAAGGAAGAACGUUCCAAAGGCAAGACAGAAGAAGUCGGUGUCGCUCACUUCGAAACAGCUCAGAACAAAUACACAAUUCUCGAUGCCCCAGGCCACAGAUCAUACGUUCCACAGAUGAUCGGUGGUGCUGUCCAGGCCGAUGUCGCUGUCCUCGUUAUCUCAGCCCGUAACGGUGAAUUCGAAGCCGGAUUUGAGAACGGUGGCCAAACAUCAGAGCACCUUCUCAUUGCCAGAACCGCUGGUGUCCGUGAGAUCAUCAUCGUCGUCAACAAGAUGGAUGAUCCAACAGUCAAAUGGUCAAAGGAAAGAUUCGACCAAAUCGUCACAAAGUUCACACCGUUCAUCGAACGCGAAAUCGGUUUCAAGAAAGACCAAUACACUUACAUCCCAAUCGCUGCUCUUACAGGUUUCAACCUCAAGCAGAGAUCAAACGAGUGCCCAUGGUACAAUGGCCCGACACUUUUCGAAAAACUUGACAGCCUCAAACCGCCGGUCCGAAAUGAGACUGAUAGCUUCAGAUUGCCCGUCAUCGACCGCUAUAAGACAAAGCACGUCAUCGCAUCCGGCAAGCUCGAAAAGGGUGUAAUCAAGGAGGGAGACCAAGUUAUUGUCAUGCCUUCAAGAAAAUUAGGUACAAUCUCAUCAAUCUUCGUCGAUGAGAACAAGAUUCGUCGCGCUGUACCAGGUGAUAACAUCCGUGUCGCUUUAAGUGGCAUUGAUAUGGCUGAUAUCAACUCUGGAUCUGUUAUCUGCCCAGUCAACGCUCCUUGCGAUGUCGCUCAGAAGGUUAUCGCUAAGAUCAGAAUCGUUCCUUCCGGCCCAGAACUUAUUACAGCUGGUUACGAGGCUAUGUGUCAUAUCCAUACAGAAACAGUCCCAGUUUCAGUCGAAAAGCUGAGGACACUUCAGAUCCCAGGCAGAGAGCUUGAAAAGAACCCAAGAUUCAUCAAGCGCGGUUGCUUGGCUGAGGUCAUCCUCAAAUUCGACCACCCAAUCUGCGUAGAAGUCGCUAAGGACUUCCCACAACUCGGAAGAUUCAUCAUCCGUAAGGAAGGCUUCACAACAAUUGUCGGUUUAGUUGACAAGCUUCCAAAGGCCACUGGCAAGUAA